GGAGAAACAGCGUCCCUGAAUCCAUACCGUGGCGCCCAGAAGUCUGGCGUCCUUCGGGAAGGGGAAUAAUUUUCACAGCAUCCCUUUUGAGUGUAGAAUAACCCACCAGCGUCUCUGUGUUCUGCUCCGGUGUAAUAUGUUCACGAAUUUAGGAUAAAAUGGUGAAGAAAUUCUGUUUCUAUUUUAGUUUCCGAAAUGGCGCUCUCAUAAUGAGCGUCAUUAGUUUUCUGACAGGGGUGGCUCUCAUUCUUGAUUGCGUGAUGCAUAUUGAAAAAGGAACUGCUAAAAGGUAUAAUUCAUUCAUUGUCGUGGGUAUCCUGAUGGGUAUAACGAGUUUGAUAGCAGGAGGAAUUUUGUCAGCAGCAAUAUUCAAGGCGAAAGAAAGGUAUAUCCUCCUCUACAUGCUGUUAGAAUCAGUAUUACUUCUUAUUGUUACCAUUUAUUCUGGGAUGUUUAUGUUCACAAAUGCAGCUUUUUUGUUGGUAUUAAUUAUUUGUGGUUUGAUGUGGCUUGGAAUCGUGGGAAUUUAUGGGUUCUAUAAUGAAAUCGCUGAAUAUAAUUCAUCCAAACCAGGGGUGUACGAAGUAUCCUAUUCUGAAAACGGGGGUUAUAGGACUGCAACACCAAGUGGCCAAGUGGAUAGCACAGCAGUUUGAAAUCCUGUUUAUACCCGACAUAAAAAAUAUUUCAUUCUUUCGGAAUGGGAAAACCAUAUCUCUAUCAAAAUUAUUACGAACUCAUAAUCGAAAACUGCCCUUCAGGCUUUUCCAUAUAAUUGUUCAUUGAACUGGAAGUGCUUAUUUAAUGUUGUAUUUCUAUCGAUUGGAAAUAAGAUAAUGAAUGUUAUUCGAAUUUAAAAAUUAUCAUUUUAUAAAAGAGGUUGUCGAAUAUUUUGUGUGCUGACAAUAAAGUCUUUUUUGUUAAU